AUGAAGCACUUCGGGAUUCCUGAAGAUGGCAUUUUAUGCUGUGAUGUCCUCGCAGGCGAACAAGGGCCUUUCUGCUUCUCUGUGAAACAAAUUCCCGAUUUUAAAGUUAUUCACGUGAGGUUCAUAGAGAGGUCGGAUGGCGAAGGCGAACCGGAAACCAAACGCUCAAGGCCUGUUGCACGUUCAAGCCCAGUACGAGCACCACCACCUCGGAGGGCUGCUGCUGGCGUGGAAAUUGUGUCUACCAGUCAUCCCUGUGGUAUACGACCAGAAAAAGUAUCUCCUGAAAGCAGAUUCAUCCCUAAGAGCCUCUCCGUCGUUGACAUGUUAAAACUUGGCAACCAAAUCAAGCGUACAACAACAGCUAUAGAGAUUUACAAUUUUGACUUUCAAGCUAUGGCUUGGUCAGCGUCCCCAGUUCUCGUCGACUUUAACAUGGAAGAGACAGCUUUUGGAGCGGGCGGAUUCAGGGAAGCUUUCAAGGCCACAAGCAAACACAAAGAGUACUCGUACACUACCUGGGUUGUGAAGCACUACCUCGACAAGUCUUUGGAAGAUAUGAGAACUCUUGGACAGACUCCAGAACAACACACAAAGAAAUCAGUUCAACUGCACUAUUUAGCUAGAAACUUUGCAGCCCAGUUACACACUGAUCUUGAGAAAGAAGACAAUUUAAUUUUGUUUGGAGAUACCUUGUCUUACAACAAAGUUAUGCUUGGAUAUAUUAGAAAUAGGGAUGAGUACGUUACCGUCGAAGAAUUUGUUAGUGGCACGUUUGACAAGUACAUCAAUAAUGAUGGAACAAUAUGUGGAAAGAACAAGAACCUUACGGAAAAGGCAGAAUGUUUGGCACACUAUAGCUAUGAGAAGUCAAAGAAGGAAAUAAUGGUGGUGGAUAUUCAAGGCUGUGGGGUGUGACCCAGAGGUUGCAAGUUCGCAAGUUGAGUCGGACAAUGAGGGAAAGCUUUUUUGUGCAGGUAACCUCAAUAGCCAUGCCAUUGACAAAUUUGUUGAGUUGCAUAAGUGCAAUAGCUUUUGUCAGCUAUUGGAUCUGUCAGUUUUGCGUUAG